AUGUCCAAAGAGGGACUGGUUCAACGCCUCUCUAACGGAGGAAGUAUCGUUAUAGCCGAGGGCUACGUCCGAGAGUUCGAGAGGCGCGGUUAUCUAAACGCUGGAGCAUUCGUACCGGAAGUGGUCCUUGAUUCACCACACCUCGUAAAGGUCAUGCAUGAGGAGUUUGUCCAUGCAGGAAGUGACGUCGUAGAAGCUUUCACGUACUACGCACACAGAGAGAAACUAAGACUUGUCGGCAGAGAAGAUGAUUUAGAAAAGCUCAAUAAGACAGCUUUAAAAAUUGCACGUGAGGUUGCUGACAAUACUGGAACGCUAAUGGCGGGAAAUAUUUCCAACACUGGUCUGUAUAUUGCAGGCGAUCAAAAGUCAGAAGAAACGAUAAUGGGUAUGUUUAAGGAACAGAUAGAAUGGGCCGUGGAAGGUGGGGCAGAUUACAUUAUAGCAGAGACGUUUAAUGACUUCGGAGAAGCUAUGUUAGCUUUACGGGCCAUUCAAACGUUCGCGCAAGGAUUACCAGCCGUCAUCACCAUGGCAGCAUACGUCCCUGAUUUGACGACUGAUGACGUCACUUUCCCCGUAGCAUGUAGGCGUUUAGAAGAGGCGGGAGCUGCUGUUGUAGGAUUAAACUGUGCACGUGGUCCUUCUACUAUGUUACCCCUGAUUCGACAGAUACGCGCUGUGUGUAAGGGCCCGAUUGCCGCGAUCCCUGUUCCUUUCCGUACUGACAAGGACCAUGUCACAUUCCAGUCUUUAAAGGAUUAUAAAACAGGUGAAAAGCUCUAUCCUUUAGAUGUCUGCGCAUGUAUGUCCAAGAGAACUGAAAUCCGUGCGUUUGCGCGUGAGGCCAGAGAGAUUGGUGUGAACUACAUCGGCCUGUGUUGUGGGAAUGCGCCAUUUUAUAUGCGUGAGGUGGCGGAGGAAUAUGGCCGAACUCCGGGUGCCAGCAAGUAUAAUCCAGACAUGUCUGCAAGUCAUAUCUAUAACAAGAAGACGGCAACAGCGAGGUCAUUGAAACUUCGUGCCUACACCGGCAUAGAUGACUGA